AUGGAGUUGAGCCAGGAAUCUGUUCAUGAUGUUAUCCACCCCACUGCAGCUUACUCAGAUCUUUCACCGAACCAUGGUAUGGAAUCUAUGAUGCGGGACGAUCAGCCAGUUGACUGGCAAGACUCGGUCCUGAAUCCAAAGAAUCGCAUUGACAGCCUCAGCCCGCUGGAGCGGCCUCACUGGAGGAUCGAUGGCUGUACUGCCUUCGGAAGCCAGUUCUACGCCGUGCCUUCUUUUAUCGAUUCUAUGCCCCCGUUACGGGUGGAUGUUUUUAUCCCCGAGCCUUCGAAACUCUCGCCUGAACUUCGACACGCUCUUGACGUUGAUGUGGCAUUUCAUACCACGAGUGCGAGGCGUAUUGCGAACCUCGGCAUCACUCAGCAUGUACUCCGCAUCUUGCAAUAUUGGACAUCGUGCCAAGAGGAUCCUGUUGGCAUCUUCAAAAUGAUUCCUUAUGGCUCCAGAAUUGUGCUCAAAAACAUGCCCAAGAAUGUCGCUGAUGCGGAGAUCACUAUCGCCCCAACUCAUUAUCUUGAACGUCAGCUUUGGUCUGUAUCUUCGCUUCAGGCUGCUUGGGGGAGUGAUGUCGAACUGCCUCCCACGGUCGAUCUCGAUAACGUGGUAUACGUCUCACAGCUGCACGACAGUGUAUGCCUUGUGGAGAUCGAAGGCAAGACGUGGAUUUUCAAAGCCCUCACCAGUUACACCAAGUACCUUUAUCACGAGCUAAGGCAGCUUCUUACCAUCCCACAACACCCGAACAUUGUUUCUCGACCAGUCCACCUUGUCACGAAGCAAUGUGGCUUUGGUGGGAAAGUGGCCGUUGUCGGGUUCACGCUUGAGUACCAUAUACAUGGCAGUCUACGCGAUCUGAUCCCGUUUCUCAAACUUCACGGCAUGGUGUCGUUGGCCGAUGAGACCAAAUGGUCCAUUCAACUCGCAUCGGCAUUGGUGCACCUUCGUGCGACUACUGAUGUGUUCUACCCUGAUCUCAGACUGGACAACAUCGUGCUUUCAGCUUCCCGGGACGCCAUAAUGGUUGACUUUGAGCAGCGCGGUGUCUGGUGUGAGUUUGCCGCCCCUGAGGUCAACGCACUCGAAUAUGUGAGGCUUCUUGCGAUCGAUGAGGAGAUUCCUACAGAAGUCAGCGAAAAGUACUCGAACCUCUUGUCCGAAAUGCUUCCAGACUGGGAGGCGAUGGGUGAUAGGGAGGAGUACAAAUGGCCUUCUCAAGGCUACAACGUUCCAUGGUCUUGCCUCACUCCAAAGGAACAGGAGGCAUGCGAGGUGUAUAUGCUUGGCCGAGUAUUGUGGUGCAUCUUUGAAGGGAAUAGCGCUCCCCAAAGAGCUGCAGUCUGGCUGUCAUACAGAUGGGAGCCGCUGGUCGAGUUUCCAGGAUACACGAAAACUCCUGGAGCCAUACAGCGGCUGAUCAACAAGUGCACGCGUGGAAGGCGGUCUGGUCUUAGUAGGUGGAUCGUCAGGGAAAGGAACCAACUCGUGCUCCGCGAACUUGAGAAAACAGGACUCUCCACCCCUGAAGAUGUACAACAGACUGCGAAGACUUGGUGGUCGGCAGAGAUUGACGCAUCAGAGGAGUGGCUGAGACAGAGAAUCGAAGGUAUGAAGAGGGGUGACUGGAAAGAGAAUUUCUACGACCGACCGAGUCUGAAGGAGGUUCUUGCGGAACUUGAGGCUUUUCGUGACGAAUCUGGAUUCAAGUUUUGA